UACUUCUACGAGUUCCUGUCUUUGCGCUCUUUGGAUAAAGGCAUAAUGGCAGAUCCAACUAUAAAUAUCCCUCUGCUUGGAACAGUUCCUCAUAAAGCAUCAGUCGUUCAGGUUGGAUUUCCUUGCCUUGGAAAACAAGAUGGCGUCGCUGCAUUUGAAGUGAAUGUGGUCAUAAUGAAUUCAGAAGGCAAUAUUAUUCUCCAGACCCCUCAGAACGCCAUCUUCUUUAAAACCUGUCAGCAAGCGGAGUGUCCAGGAGGGUGCAGAAACGGAGGGUUUUGCAACGAAAGACAUGUCUGUGAAUGUCCAGAUGGAUUUUACGGGCCUCACUGUGAGAAAGCACUGUGUGCUCCUCGCUGCAUGAACGGUGGGCUCUGCAUUACACCCGGCCUCUGCAUCUGCCCCCCGGGGUUCUACGGCAUCAACUGCGACAAAGCAAACUGUACAACAACCUGUUUCAAUGGAGGAACAUGUUUCUAUCUGGGAAAAUGCAUUUGUCCUUCGGGCUAUGAAGGAGACCAAUGUGAAAUUAGUGAGUAGCAUCUCUGU